AUGGCUGCACUCAGCUUCAGCCCAUCGCCGCCGCCCAAAAACAACAGCAGCAGCAGCGGCGGCAGCGGCGUGGGCGGCAGCAGCAAGGCAUUCACCAAAAUCACCGUGAACAAUGUGCUCAGCGAGAGCGGCGCCAAUGCGCUCCAGCAGCACAUUAGCAAUCAGAAUACAAUUAUACGCAAGAUCAAGGAUUUCGGCAUGCUCGGUGCCGCAGCAGCAGCGGCAACAGCAACAGCUACAGCAACGACAACAGCGGGCACAGCGUUGAACCGAAAGCGGCCGCUGGGCGAAUCCAGAUGCCAAAACAUCGAGAAUAAGCCAUUUGGAGCUGGCAACGCAGCCGCCGUGAACAGUGCCAAACGCAGCAAACUAACCAAAAAGCAGCCAAAGCAAAGCCAAAGCCAAAGCCAACAGUCGACAACGCUGGAGCAGCAGCAGCAGCAGCAGCUGCCCGUGGCCAAGUGCCUGGCGGAGCUGGUGCAGCGAGCCGGUGCGACGGGCACACCGGGACGCAAGGGACUGCCGCUGCCGCAGGCUGUGGCGCGUCGCAAUGCCCGGGAACGCAAUCGGGUCAAGCAGGUGAACAAUGGCUUUGCGGCGCUGCGCGAACGCAUACCCGACGAGGUGUCGGAGGCGUUUGAGGCGCAGGGCGCCGGACGUGGCGCCAGCAAAAAGCUAUCCAAGGUGGAAACUCUGCGCAUGGCCGUCGAAUAUAUACGCAGUCUGGAGCGUUUAUUGGGUUUCGAUUUUCCGCCGCUGUCGGCGGCUGCGGCGGCUGCUGCUGCCGCUGGCUGCAAUUCGAAUAGUUCAUCUAGCGGCGAUGAUAGCUUCAUGUUUAUCAAGGAUGAAUUUGAUGGCCUCGACGAGCAUUUCGAUGAUUCGCUGAGCAACUAUGAGCUGGACGAUAGCAUGUGCAUCCAGGAGCAGCAGACGCAGUCACAAUCGCAGCAGCAGUCGCUGCUGCUACAGCAGCAGCAGCAGCAACAAUUGCCGGAGGAGCUGCUGCUGCCAAAUGUGACGACGCUGAACGGACUGCAGUAUGUGAGAAUACCCGGCACGAGCACCUAUCAGCUGCUAACGCCGGAUAUGCUGCAGCAGGAUAGCUCAAGUCUGGAGGAUGAGGAGCAUUUUAAUGCAUUAAUUGACACAAAUUGCCUGAGCAACAGUCCAACAAUUGCUGCAGCUGCGCCAGCUGCCCCAAGCAACGGUGAAUGUGUAAAAUUCAGCUCAAAUUUAUCGCGAUCGCCCGUGCCAACAGCAACAACAACAGCAGCAACAACAACCAGUCGCAGCACAUCGCCGGCAACAGCAACAACAACAACAACACGAGGCAGUUCAUCAAUGCAUCAACCACCAAGCGAAGCCGCUGCCGCUGCCGCUGCAGUUGCAGUUUCACCUGUCGCCGUUGCCGUUGCUAAUGAACUCUUGUUGCAGGCGUGUGCCGCACAACAGCAACGACAGCGGCAACAACAACAACAACUGAUCAAACAGGAAUACAGCGAGGGCGAUUUUGUGCAUGUCACCAGCAACAACAACAACAACAGCAACAGCAGCAGCUCCCCGCCAGCAAUCAACCGCAACAACUAUCAGCAACAACAACAGCAACAACAGCAACAAUUGCUCUGCGCUGCGUCGGUGCUGCCGCCGUUCUAUGAUCAGGAAACGGCCUCGUUCUAUGACAAUGUUGUUGUUGGCCUGCCCAGCUUUAAAAAGGAGUUCACCGAUGUCCUGCAGGAUCCGACGACAAACAAUGCCAGCGUCUGUCUAUCCGAUGAGAGCAUGAUCGAUGCCAUUGACUGGUGGGAGGCGCAUACGCCCAAAUCGGAUGCUGCCAGCACUGUGGCGGGCAUUUAA